AUGGCUCUCUUACAACUAACACGAGCGCAAAAUGCACCUCAAACAGAAAACAUCCCACCACCAGCUCCGGAGGGUGAUCUCAUAUCAUUCGAUGAAAAUCCACCGACGCACCAGCCGAGUGAGGCAACGAGUUUUAUGAUGGAAAAAGAAAAUGAAACUAGUCUAGCCCCACUAAAAAGUGAAAAAAUAAGUGAACAAGAGAAUACAUGGAUAAAUUUAGCAACAACUGGUGCUCUAGUAUUUACAGAAAAAUAUGAUGGAGAAGCUAAUCAAUAUGAUGUAAAUUCGAUGUAUGUAUAUGAAAUGAUAAAGUACGAAGCAUCACAG